UAGCUUCGUUGAAUAUGGUACACCUUGCUUUCAUACUAAAACGAAUUGAAAACAUUUUCAAUGAGUUUAGAAAACACAAUGUACUAAUAAGUCUUUCCCUUGACAAAUAAGUCCAAACGCAAUUAAAAAGUUUGACCAAGAAACCAAAAUGACGAACACAUUUCAUAUGUCUUGAUGACUCUGAUCAGGUCCCACCAACACUCCCUUCGAGAUGAACCUUGAUAUCACCCUCACUUCUCUAUAUGCAAAUGCGAUCAACAGCAGCGGCUUCUACAAUACAAGCGCAGGCCAAGGUCUUAAUGCAGCUACUGCUGUCUUCUUAUGCAGGGGAGAUGUAUCCUCUGAAUUAUGCCAGAGUUGUGUCAAUGUUACCAGUAAAGACAUUGUGAAUCGUUGCCCCAAAGUGAAAGAAGCAAUUUUAUGGUAUGAUGAGUGUAUGUUGCAUUACGCGAACAGGUCUAUUGCCUCUGGAAUGGAAGAAACUCCAAAAGCAUAUGUGUGGAACAUGAAUAACAUAACAAACCCAGGUGAGUUUAAUUCAACGGUGGGAGGCUUGAUGACCAGGCUUGUCACGCAGGCUGUGUCGUCUAGCGAGUUGUUUGCUACUGGAGAAGGGAACGGGACAAGCCUCAGCAGGUUGUAUGGGAUGGUCCAGUGCGCGCCAAACAUCUCUCCGGUGGACUGCAAUACAUGUUUGUUGGGGAGUGUUAGAGACAUCCCUUCAUGUUGUCUUGGAAAGCAGGGUGGGAGAGUACUUAAACCAAGUUGCAACAUUAGGUUUGAGAGUUACCCGUUUUACGGUGUUGAUGCUUUUGCACCAGCUCCAUCUCCUGCAACAGCUCCAUCUCCUGCAAGUUUGUCACCUUCAGUACCGCCACCAACGAUCUUGACAAAGCGCAAUGGAAAUAGGAAUAUCUCAUUACAAACAAUUGUCAUCAUCAUCGUUCCUACGGUUGUUAUUGCAGUGCUUUUAGCUAGCUUGUGCUCUUAUUUUAUGUGUUGCAAAUCAAGGAAAACGGAAACUGGGGAAGACGAAUCCUUGAGCCUGCAAUCUCUGCAGUUUGAUUUGAGUACAAUUAAAGCAGCCACAAAUAACUUCUCUGAAAGGAACAAGAUUGGGCAGGGUGGAUUUGGUAAUGUCUAUAAGGGCACAUUUUCUAAUGGUCAAAACGUAGCUGUGAAGAGACUAUCAGAAACCUCUGGACAAGGUUCUGAAGAGUUCAAGAAUGAGAUUGCACUGGUUGCCAAGCUUCAGCAUAGAAAUCUAGUGAAGUUAUUAGGGUUUUGCCUUGAAGGAGAAGAGAAGAUACUCAUCUAUGAAUAUGUGCCAAACAAAAGUCUUGACCACUUCCUAUUUGAUACAGGAGAUGCAGAAUUGUUGAAUUGGUCAGCCCGGUACAAAAUCAUAGGAGGGACUGCUCGAGGGCUCUUAUAUCUUCAUGAAGAAUCUCGGCUUAGAAUUAUUCAUCGCGAUCUCAAAGCAGCCAAUAUCCUAUUGGAUGUAGACAUGAAUCCAAAAAUUUCAGACUUUGGUAUGGCAAGGAUUUUUGGAGUAGAUCAAAGUGAAGGAACUACAAACAGAGUUGUUGGCACAUAUGGAUACAUGCCCCCGGAGUAUGCAAUGCAUGGACAAUUCUCAGUGAAGUCUGAUGUGUUUAGUUUCGGGGUCUUAAUACUGGAGAUUAUCAGCGGCAGAAAAAACAGCAGUUUUUAUCAGUCAGAUAAUGAUGAGGACCUUCUAGGCUAUGUAUCGAAACAUUGGACUGAUGGGACACUAUUGGAGUUGAUGGAUCCUGCAUUAAGAGAUAAUUAUUCAAUGGACGAAAUUACUAGAUGCCUCCACAUUGGCUUAUUGUGUGUUGAGGAAGAUCCAACCAGCAGACCCUCUAUGACCACAAUAGUGCUCAUGCUUAACAAUUCAUCUGUUACAUUACCACUGCCUACAAGACCUGCUCUUCAUGUUCGCAGCAGAAUAAGGUCAGGUAUACGAACCGUGGGGCUGCGGAGAGAUCAUUCUCUAGACAGGUCAAGGCCAUUGUCUAUAAAUGGUUUAUCUAUCACUGAGUUAUACCCUCGUUAAUGAUAAUGUAUUAACUGACCUUCAGAGUAUUAUACUAAUGUUUCAAUAAACUCUUCACCAAAUGACCCUCAGUUGCCCAUCAAAACUAGCGAAAGCUUGACCUUCAAGACUGCUUCUUGUAUAAAUUCAUCUUUUUGGUUUACAGAAACUAAGAACAAUUUCUGCUUACGUCUAGAUGCUCAGAAA